AUGGACGCCGAGCAGCUUCACACUGAUCCAGCCGAGCGAGCUGCUCCGCCCCUACCCUCACCUUUGGGUGCGCAUCCCGUGUCGAUAGCUCCCCCAAUGAUCGGUCCACAGUUGUUUCAACCAGCGCAAACUGGCCCUACGUUCCAGAAUUUUCAGUCGCAUCUAGAUGCCAAUGGUGCUUUGCCGAUGUACUCGGUGGCGAUGAACCAUCACUGGCCUGGUCCGUACGGUCAGCCUUUCGGGGCCCCACCCCGACGUCCAGGUUCACCGGCAUUUUCUGAGGAGCCGGAGGAUCGCCGGCCCGUUCGCCGGGUAUCUGGCCGCGUCCGAUUUACUCCGAGAGCGCACAGUGACGCGGACUCGGUCACCGAAGCUGACAACGAAUCGAUUAUCUCAAUUACAGACCCUAAUGGCUGGCAAACCUUUGCUGUUCCGGACCCUGAUGUGAAAGUAGUCUACGAGGCAUGGGAGAUCGUCGCAUUGCCAGACACACAGGUUUGGCAUACGUGGAAGCGAUGUAUGGGUAUCAACUUUGGGGUUACAUGGAGAUCCGUGCCCGACGGCUUUGUUCGCUUGACUCCCCUCAUGGCCUUCGAGCAAGGCGAGCUUAUUGAUAUGAUCGACAAUGCGAGGCAGAGCCACGCAGCCAAGGAUGCAAAGGCUGACGAGAAGGCCUACGACCAGGACCUUGCCAACCGCGUUUCCAAAUUGGAUAACGAUAUUUACAACCGGCUGCAGCGGCUGUUGGAUGACAAGACGUUCGAGACUAACUUGAAUCCCCGUCGCCAGCGCGAAUGGACGAUCGCCCUGCUGACAGAGGAAGAGCUACAGAUGACUGCGAUGGCGCCAGAACGGAAGAAGAGGGGUAUCUUCCGUUGGUCCAGGGAAGAAACCGCGGCAGACAGAUGGUUCGUCGUGAUCAAGGGCGAGGAGACAAAGUCGUCCAAAGCCGGUUGGGUGAGACACGAUCAGUUCACCAACCCAUGGCGCAAGGUCGACCGGCAUGACCUGAUGGAAAUUCGGCAUGAGAGAAACCGCCAAAGAGGUUGA